GGAGGAGACUCCGGGACCCCGGGGAGCAACAGGUGGUAGGAGGCUGAAGGGUGGAGGGGUUCCUGGACUUGGGGUUCGCUGGUGAAAGUCCCCCUCCACCCUCCUCUGUGGCACCCACCCAUCCCCUGAACCCCUUCUGUUCGCGUCCUUGGAAAAUGGUGUCCAAGCUCACUUCGCUCCAGCAAGAACUCCUGAGCGCGCUGCUGAGCUCCGGGGUCACCAAGGAGGUGCUGGUCCAGGCCCUGGAGGAGUUGCUGCCAUCCCCGAACUUCGGGGUGAAGCUGGAGACACUGCCCCUGUCCCCUGGCAGCGGGGCCGAGCCCGACACCAAGCCGGUCUUUCAUACGCUCACCAACGGCCACGCCAAGGGCCGCCUGUCCGGGGACGAGGGCUCUGAGGACGGCGACGACUAUGACACCCCUCCCAUCCUCAAGGAGCUACAGGCGCUCAACACCAAGGAGGCGGCGGAGCAGCGAGCCCAGGUGGACCAGAUGCUCAGUGAGGACCCUUGGAGGGCUGCCAAGAUGAUCAAGGGCUACAUGCAGCAGCACAACAUCCCCCAGCGGGAAGUGGUUGAUGUCACAGGCCUGAACCAGUCUCACCUCUCCCAGCAUCUCAACAAGGGCACUCCUAUGAAGACCCAGAAGCGCGCUGCACUGUACACCUGGUACGUCAGAAAGCAACAGGAGAUCCUUCGACAAUUCAACCAGACAGUCCAGAGUUCUGGAAAUAUGACAGACAAAAGCAGUCAGGAUCAGCUGCUGUUUCUCUUUCCAGAAUUCAGUCAACAGAGCCAGGGGCCUGGGCAGUCCGAUGACACCUGCUCUGAGCCCACCAACAAGAAGAUGCGCCGCAACCGGUUCAAAUGGGGGCCCGCAUCCCAGCAAAUCUUGUACCAGGCCUACGACCGGCAAAAGAACCCCAGCAAGGAAGAGAGGGAGGCCUUAGUGGAGGAGUGUAACAGGGCAGAAUGUUUGCAGCGAGGUGUCUCCCCAUCCAAAGCUCAUGGUUUGGGCUCCAACCUGGUCACUGAGGUCCGUGUCUACAACUGGUUUGCAAACCGCAGGAAGGAAGAGGCAUUCCGGCAGAAGCUGGCCAUGGAUGCCUAUAGCUCCAACCAGACACACAGCCUAAACCCUCUGCUGUCCCACGGCUCCCCCCACCACCAGUCCAGUGCCUCUCCACCCAACAAGCUGUCAGGAGUGCGCUACAGCCAGCAGGGAAACAACGAAGUCCCGUCCUCCUCGACCAUCAGUCACCAUGGCAACAAUGCCAUGGUGACCAGCCAGUCAGUUUUACAGCAAGUCUCCCCAGCCAACCUGGACCCAGGCCACAAUCUCCUCUCACCUGAUGGUAAAAUGCAGAUCUCUGUCUCAGGAGGAGGUUUGCCCCCUGUCAGCACCUUGACGAAUAUCCACAGCCUGUCCCACCACAAUCCCCAGCAAUCUCAAAACCUCAUCAUGACCCCCCUCUCCGGAGUCAUGGCCAUUGCACAAAGCCUCAACACCUCUCAAGCUCAGAGCGUCCCUGUCAUCAACAGUGUGGCCAGCAGCCUGGCCGCCCUGCAGCCCGUCCAGUUCUCUCAGCAGCUGCACAGCCCGCACCAGCAGCCCCUCAUGCAGCAGAGCCCGGGUAGCCACAUGGCCCAGCAGCCCUUCAUGGCCGCCGUGACACAGCUGCAGAGUUCCCACAUGUACGCCCACAAGCAAGAACCCCCUCAGUAUUCCCACACCUCCCGGUUCCCAUCUGCGAUGGUGGUCACAGAUACCAGCAGCAUCAGUACCCUCACCAACAUGUCUUCCAGUAAACAGUGUCCUCUCCAAGCCUGGUGAUGCCCACACAUCGUUCACUGUGUGCAAAGCAACAAGGAUCCUUUUUUCCACCCAUCACCCUCCGGGAAGUUGUCAUGGGAAAGCCCAGUGACCUGACAGGCAUCUCCGAGAGGUCCCAGCUUACCUGACAUCCUGCUGGCAUCUCAGACAAUCCCCUCUUGGGAGGCCCAGCCUGAAGCCUAGCUUCCCUUCUAUGCAGUAUUGCCACGAUGCCUCUCCCAACUCCUGUCUGUCCUAGACAAGGGAGACAAGAGACCGUGGAAGAGGAAGAGAGAAAGCCGUGAUGUCUACGUGACGCUCCUUCAUCGAACAAACUCAUGAGAAAACUUGAAUCUGUUACUGAAACGAGGAGAAGAGGGACCCGUGCUAGUGAACUGAGCCAAACACACUCACUAUAAAUAUCAGCCAACUCUUCCCCGUCGCCCGGCCCUGUCCCAAAUGAUCGUGAGAUUUCUUUUAAAGAAGUAAAUUUGUCCAAUGGGUGUAAAUUAUAAACUACUGUAAUUAAGUGCAAUUGCCCCUCGACUUCCUCUCCCUUCUGCCCUGUAUAUAAUACGAAAGUGUUUAUUAGUUUUCUUUGUAAAGGUCAGCGUUGUACUUCUAAAAGCGAUCUGCGCCCUCUCGCUUCCCCCAUGAAGAAAUACCCAAACCCAAGUGAAGUCGGUUGCCCCUCCCUCAGGCCUGGACACGCAGAGUAACCACACAUGGGAGACGGACGGCCAGCCACCUCCAGUCGCCUGCCGUUGACACAUCCCUCCCGGUCCCCGAGGGGCUGCAUCUAGGGGCAGAGUAUCCGGUAUCCGUCCAGCUUCCUGCCAAAGCGCCUCCAAGAAACCCCGGGGGACGGGAACCUGACGAUUUGGUAGCAAAAGGAAGCGCUGCCCUUUCAGAAAGCCCCUCCACCCCCCACCCCCUAUUAAAACCAUCUAUUUUAUCACCA